AAAUGAAAAAAAAAGCGUAUCGGAUUUUGGCGAAAAUUUAGUCGAAGGGACUCAGCGGGACGACGUUUAAACGGUCGUUAUGUUUAGCGGAGGAAGAAAGCAGAGCCGUUCUUUGCAGCGAAUGGAAGGCUCUUGAUUUUGUUUUUAAAAAGCACACAUCCUUGUAGUAGCGUUAUAUAAGAGGCAAGGAAUGUGCCAUUGAGGUGUUGAAUGUGUCCAGUUAUGGCAUGGACAGAAUCCCAAAUCAGUCAGCCCCAGACCCCAGUAGUGAACAGUGUAAGGGAUCAGCAGGAUCCGACUGGCAAUAAUAAUGAGCUCUUGAAGAAAGCACCUGAUGGAACAAUGAGUCAUCCAGUGAAUACUAUUAGUUCUUGUUCUAAUCUUACCUCCCCUCUCCCUGCUGAUUCUCCCCUUAGAAAGUUUCAAGGAAAGGAUGCACUUUCAUAUGCCAAUAUUCUUCGAUCAAGGAACAAGUUCAUGGAUGCACUAUCUCUAUAUGAAACUGUUUUGGAAACAGACACAGGCAAUGUUGAGGCUCAUAUUGGAAAGGGAAUUUGUCUCCAAAUGCAAGGUUUGACUCAGCCAGCAUUCCAAAGCUUUGCAGAAGCUAUUAGAUUAGAUCCUCAGAAUGCUUGUGCUUAUACACAUUGUGGGGUUUUAUACAAGGAUGAAGGACACUUGUUACAGGCAGCAGAGGCAUAUCAAAAGGCUAUUACUGUGGAUCCUAUGUACAAGCCUGCUGCGGAGUACCUAGCAAUUGUCUUGACAGAUAUUGGGACGAGUUUGAAACUUGCUGGAAAUGUCCAAGAAGGGAUUCAGAAAUAUUAUGAAGCCCUGAAAGCUGAUAGCCGCUAUGCUCCUGCUUAUUACAAUUUAGGGGUUGUGUACUCAGAAAUGAUGCAAUAUGAUAUGGCGCUUAGCUGCUAUGAAAAAGCUGCAUUGCAAAGACCUAUGUAUGCUGAAGCAUAUUGCAACAUGGGAGUCAUAUAUAAGAAUCGCGGUGAUUUGGAUGCUGCCAUUGCAUGCUAUGAAAGGUGUCUAGCUGUGUCGCCAAACUUUGAAAUUGCUAAAAACAACAUGGCGAUAGCUCUUACAGAUCUUGGUACCAAGGUGAAGUUUGAAGGUGAUAUACAACAGGGUAUAACUCAUUACAAGAAGGCAUUGCUUUAUAAUUGGCAUUAUGCAGAUGCAAUGUAUAAUCUUGGGGUGGCAUAUGGUGAGCAGCUGAAGUUUGACAUGGCAAUAGUGAUGUAUGAGCUUGCCUUGCACUUCAAUCCACAUUGUGCGGAAGCAUGCAAUAAUUUGGGGGUCAUUUACAAAGAUAGGGAUAAUCUUGAUAAAGCUGUCGAGUGCUAUCAGAUGGCUCUGUCAAUCAAACCUUCUUUUUCACAAUCGCUUAAUAAUCUUGGUGUGGUUUACACUGUUCAGGGAAAAAUGGAUGCUGCUGCAAGCAUGAUUGAAAAGGCUAUAAUGGCAAAUCCAACAUAUGCAGAAGCUUAUAAUAACCUAGGGGUCUUGCACAGGGAUGCAGGUAACAUCACUCUUGCAAUAGAGGCAUACGAACAAUGCUUGCAAAUAGAUCCCGACUCUCGAAAUGCUGGACAAAAUCGUCUGCUAGCGAUGAACUAUAUCUAUGAGGGAGAAGAUGAUAAGCUUUAUGUUGCACACAGGGAAUGGGGUCAACGGUUUAUGGACCUUUAUCCUCAGUACACUACCUGGGACAAUUAUAAGGAUCCUGAUCGGCCACUUGUAAUUGGUUAUGUAUCACCAGAUUAUUUUACACAUUCUGUGUCAUACUUCAUAGAAGCACCUCUUGUAUAUCAUGACUAUAGCAAGUACAUGGUGGUUGUUUACUCUGCAGUUGUCAAGGCAGAUGCAAAAACUAAUAAAUUUAAGGAUAAAGUAUUGAAGAAAGGAGGAUUGUGGCGAGACGUAUAUGGAAUUGAUGAGAAGAAGCUAGCUACCAUUAUUAGAGAAGACAAAGUUGAUAUUUUGGUGGAGCUGACUGGUCAUACAGCUAAUAAUAGGUUAGGGAUGAUGGCUUGCAGGCCUGCUCCAGUACAGGCUACAUGGAUUGGUUAUCCAAACACAACUGGUCUGCCUACCAUUGAUUAUCGAUUUACAGAUUCAUUGGCUGACCCCCCAAACUCAAAACAAAAGCAUGUUGAAGAGCUUAUUAGGUUGCCUGGUUGUUUCCUGUGUUAUACACCAUCUCCAGAAGCAGGGCCAGUUGUACAAACACCAGCUCUGUCCAAUGGAUUCAUCACUUUUGGAAGCUUUAACAACCUUGCAAAGAUAACACCGCGGGUUCUAUGUGUUUGGGCAAAAAUCUUGUGUGCAAUACCUACGUCAAGACUGGUUGUUAAGUGCAAGCCUUUUUGCUGUGAUAGCGUAAGGGCAAGGUUUCUGUCAACCUUGGAGGAACUUGGAUUAGAGUCCUUGCGUGUUGAUCUUUUACCUUUGAUUUUGCUUAACCAUGACCACAUGCAAGCAUAUUCGUUGAUGGAUAUCAGCUUGGAUACAUUUCCAUAUGCUGGAACAACAACUACAUGCGAAUCACUGUACAUGGGUGUUCCAUGUGUUACAAUGGCAGGAUCUGUGCAUGCUCAUAAUGUUGGUGUAAGCCUUCUACAUCAAGUUGGUUUGGAAAGAUUAAUUGCUCAAAAUGAAGAUGAGUAUAUCAACAAGGCAUUGGAGUUGGCUUCUGACAUUUCAUCACUUUCAUCUCUAAGAAUAAGUCUUCGGGAUCAAAUGUUGAGGUCUCAGCUUUGUGAUGGUGCUAACUUUGUUCAAGGUUUGGAGUCGAAAUACCGAUAUUUAUGGCAACGGUAUUGUGAAGGAGAUAUCCCUUCGCUAAGGCAUCAUGAUAAGGAAAGCCUACCUGAAAGGCCUACCCCCAACACAGGGGUUUCUAUUCAGGAUAUACAUAAUGAUACAAAUGUAAGAGAGAUUUUGCCUUGUAACAGUGUUCUAGCAAAUGGUGUCAAUUCUGUCACAUUCCCUGUGUCCAUUUUGCCCCCUCCUGAAGGAAAUAUAAAAGGGGAGUCAAGGCCUGUUUAGCAAUGAGGAAACUAGUAAAAACUGAUUUUAUUAGUCACCGGGGUUCCUUGUGUGCUGCAGAAUCGAGCUAUACCCAAUUGAAGAAUAUGAGAAAACAGGGUAUGGCGUCCAGCAAUUGAAGAGGGUUUUAAACCUUGAAGUAUUUGGAGCAGUUUUGGUGAAUGGUUUUGAAAGUUCCUAUGAGGCAGUUAAUGGUGUUCUGAUUCUUGCUGUUUUUUCUUCUUUUGACCAGUAAGAGGAUGGUGGAAAUGCAUGCUAUGAAGGAUUACUCUUAAGCCACGGAUUGGGUUUUUCCUUACCAGAAAUCCAAGAUAAAUGCAUAUUUAAUUGAAGAUGUAUACGUGUGUCUCAUAUUGAUUGCUAUCAAUGAUGUAAAAUACUUGAUUCAUGCUAUAUGGAGGAUUACAUUUGUUCACAUUUCUGUAAAUUUCCUCAUAGGUUCAAAAAUCAAACAUUGGAAAAUCCCUCAAAUAGGCCUUGAUUGGAAGCUUAUUACGGGGCCCCAUUAAUGUAUAUUGUAGCUGCCAGUUAUUGGCAACUAAUAUUGUUACAGGCUACUUUCCACCAAACUGUUCUGGUAUAAUCUUGGAACUUUUUUUUUUAA